CCUCCCCGCCUUUUAGGCGCCCGCGCUGCUGGGACAUCACAGUCCCUCUUGGUCCUCCUGACCUGUCCCCCGUGCAUCCAGUGCUCGCGGCUAGCCCAGUCUACCUACUCUUCACUGCUCGCCCGCCGCCGGCCCACUCCCCACUGCAGCCAUGGACGCCAUCAAGAAGAAGAUGCAGAUGCUGAAACUGGAUAAGGAGAAUGCCAUCGACCGCGCCGAGCAGGCCGAAGCCGACAAGAAGCAAGCUGAAGACCGAUGCAAGCAGCUGGAGGAAGAGCAGCAGGCCCUCCAGAAGAAGCUGAAGGGGACAGAGGAUGAGGUAGAAAAGUAUUCCGAGUCCGUGAAGGAUGCCCAGGAGAAACUGGAGCAGGCCGAGAAGAAGGCCACCGAUGCUGAAGCAGAUGUGGCCUCUCUGAACCGUCGCAUUCAGCUGGUAGAGGAGGAGCUGGAUCGGGCCCAGGAGCGCCUGGCCACAGCCUUACAAAAGCUGGAGGAGGCUGAGAAAGCCGCUGAUGAGAGCGAGAGAGGCAUGAAGGUCAUUGAAAACCGGGCCAUGAAGGAUGAGGAGAAGAUGGAGCUGCAGGAGAUGCAGCUGAAGGAAGCCAAACACAUCGCUGAGGACUCAGACCGCAAAUAUGAGGAGGUGGCCAGGAAGCUGGUGAUCCUGGAAGGAGAGCUGGAGCGCUCUGAAGAGAGAGCCGAGGUGGCCGAGAGCCGAGCCAGGCAGCUGGAGGAGGAGCUUCGAACCAUGGACCAGGCACUCAAGUCGCUGAUAGCCUCAGAGGAGGAGUAUUCCACCAAAGAGGACAAAUACGAAGAAGAGAUCAAACUUCUGGAAGAGAAGCUGAAGGAGGCUGAGACCCGAGCAGAGUUUGCUGAAAGAUCUGUGGCAAAGUUGGAGAAAACCAUUGAUGACCUGGAAGAGACUUUGGCUAGUGCCAAGGAAGAGAACGUGGAGAUUCACCAGACCUUGGACCAGACCCUUCUGGAACUCAACAACCUGUAAGGGCUGGCCCUCCUGCCUACCAGACUACAUAGUUGCCUCCUCAGGCCAAUAAACUGAUCUUUCUGGCGUG